AUGUCGCAGCUCCUCACGACCCAGCCGACAGCCGACGCCCUGGCGCAAGGCGGCGGCGACGGGGCAGGCGGCUCCGAUGGAGGAGGCGGCAUCGAGGCGUGGUCGGACGACGACGCAGAGGAGGCCGGGAGGCGCCGCCAGCCGGCCGGCAACAGGGCGAGGGCGAGCUCCUUGGUGGCGCCAUCCGCACCAAGCGGCGCGCCGAAGCGCCGAGCCGGCACGCAGCUGCAAGGCGCCCGGCCGAAGAAGCCCAAGGGCUCGGCUGCAGCAACCAGACGAGAGGAGGCCACAGCGAAGGCCGUCCGGUUCCAUAGGGCCAUGAAGCAGCCGCCGGUGGUGCAUGCGGCACCGCUCUCUCUUCAGCGGUCGACCUCCGCCUCCAUCAUCGGAGGGCCGGAGGGCUCUGCCAACACUCGCUGCAUGGACCCACGCGCCGAGCUCCAGUCGGCAAUGGAGCGGAACGCGCGGGAAGCGCGCGAGGAGCAGGAGAGGGCGGAUAAGGCGAAGGUGGACGCCGCCAGGGCAGCGCAGGAGGAGGCGGACGUGGCGGCCAGGGCCCUGGCCGAUGCCUCAGCAAAGGCCCAGGCGGAGAAGGCGGCCAAGGCCCAGGCGGAGAAGGCCAUCGGGGUGCAAGCGGGGGCGGCCACACAUGGCCAGGCCCCGCUGCUGAUCGCUCCGCUGCGUUCCAUGCCGCCAGCGACCGAGGUCUUGGCGCCGACUGGAGGGGCCGGCAUCGACAAGCCGGCCAUGGAGAGGGAGGGGGAUAUGCCAUCGUCCCAGGGCCGCAGGCGCCCCAGCAGACGCCGGCUGUCGAGGCCCAAGACGGUCGACCCAACGCGCCGCCAGUGUCUCAAGGUGGUGGCGAGCUGCUCUGCGCCGACGGAGUGGUUGCACGGGGGCGGGACGAGCACCCUGAUCAAGGCGGCGCAGGACGUCCAGGCCGACUUCAGGGCCGAAGCCACCGCCCUCCAGCAAUGCAUGAAGGUGUUCAUGAAGACGCGGGCCACUGUUCAGCGGCAACUCGGCGAGGCUCAGACCGCGCUACGCGCCAAGGAGGCCGCGUGCCUCGAGGCGGAGCAGGAGCGUGACCGCCUGGCCAAGCAGUUGGCUGACCAGGCGGACGCCCAUAAGGCGGAGCUGCAGAAGCUGAAGGAUGCGGAGGAGGCUCUCCAGGCUGAGUUCGAGAAGUACUUCCCUAGCUACUCCGUCGCCACCAACCAGGCCGUCGAGACCCACCGCGAUGAGCGGAGGCUGGCUGGCAUGAUGGUUGCGCCCAACGCCCCCCGAACUCUUGCCGAGGAGAUGGUCGCCAUUGAGGCUCGUCUCCAGCCGACGCAUCGGGCUCUUCGCCGUCUUCAGCGUGCUGGAGCUCAAGUGGUCUCCGCCCUUUGGCCGAGCACUCCUCUUCUGCGCAUCGCCAGCCGGACCUCCGACUGGUUGGAGGUGGCCAUUGGCCACAUCGAGGCGUGGAAGGGCUCCUCCGCUCGGGCGGAAGCCGGUGUGGAACUGGAGGCGGUGGCGCCUCAGCUUCGUCAUCGCGCCGCAGCGAUCGCCGAGUAUACGGACACCAGCGUCUUCCUCCCUGAGCUGGACGAAGCAGGCGCCGGAGUGCCACCCAACUGCCACUUGCACGAGGGCGGUUGGGCCGGGGGCGGUGGGUCGGCGUUGAUUGCUGCUUGCUGCAUGGCUGAAGUCCCCGGGCUAACUGCCGCAGUCCCCAGGCCGGUCCCCAAGCUGCUUGCUGAAGUCCCCGGGCCGACUGUUGCAGUCCCCGGGCUGCGUGCGACUGCCAUAGUCCCCGUGCCGCCUGCUGAGGUCCGCGAGCCGCCUGCCGCGGCCCUCGGGUCGGAUCCGACUGCUUCGGGAGGAGCCGGCACAAAGAUGGACUCAGAUUCUGGGGAAGGCUUGAUCGACGGCUUGAGGAGGCGCUGA